AUGCUGUUCGUAAUUGCGCACGUCUGGUUGGACAAAUCCGAGGCUUCGCCGUUCCCCACGGAGUUUAUGAUUAAAGACUGGGUGGAACAGAUGCAGAAGGAUCUCAUCUCUUUGGCAGACGAGGCCACCGCUGGGAGAAGCCUCAUUGAGAUCUUCAACAGGAACAAGGGCUUGUACACGAUAGAACAGAACGAUGCGGACAAGUUGGUGGACCGCGCUGCCUGGAACAUCGAGCAGCUGCUGAGGAAGAGGUCUGCAGCCCUGGAGGUAAGCCCUGGUCAUAGUCCGUUCACCUGCAUGGACAGAUCGCUACCAGGACUCUUCAUAUGA